CGGGUUUUACGGAUUCACAUCUCCUUUGGAAACAUGUGGGGGGGGGGAGGGGAGCAGCGCACACGACUCGAAUAAUAUGUGAGUCCCCUUGAUCACCCGUAUAUUAUUUAGUGAAAUUUGAGGAAAUUGUGGUGUACACACAAAUCCGGUGAUAAAGCACCCUGUCUCCCGAUUGGCCUAGCCGAUCACGUGGGCGCCUAACUUUAUUCAGUUGACAGCAAGUAGGAGGGCUCUGUGGAAGGAGAAAAAAAGACAGCACGAGAAAAAUUAGUAUUUUCCAUCUUCCGAAAUUAAUGGCCAUGAGUUCGUAUAUGGUAAACUCGAAGUAUGUGGACCCCAAAUUCCCCCCUUGUGAGGAAUAUUUGCAGAACAACUACCUGGCCGAACAAGGCUCGGAUUACUACGGCGCCGCGCAAGACUCUGACUUCCAGCACCAGGGGCUCUAUCCGCGGCCGAACUACAGCGGGCAGCAGCCCUACAGCUGCGGCAGUGCCCAGGGCUCAGCGGUGCAGGCGCGGGGUCACGGGCAGGAGCCACCCGGCCCAACGGGCCAUUUCCCCGGGCAAGGAGAGCACUGCCCACCGCCCCCCAUGCCUGCCCCGAGGACUUGCAGCCAGCACCCAAAUCUCAAGAGCCCCAACGGGUCACCCGCAGCAGCAGCAGCAGCAGCAGCAGCAGCAAAGCAGCCAGCGGUGGUGUAUCCCUGGAUGAAGAAAGUCCACGUUAACUCGGUAAAUCCGAACUACACAGGAGGAGAACCGAAGCGCUCCCGCACAGCUUACACCAGGCAGCAAGUCCUUGAACUGGAAAAGGAAUUCCACUUUAACCGGUACUUGACCAGGCGGCGCCGGAUCGAAAUCGCCCACACGCUGUGUCUCUCCGAACGCCAGAUCAAGAUCUGGUUUCAGAAUCGCAGGAUGAAGUGGAAAAAGGACCACAAACUGCCCAAUACCAAAGGCCGCACGUCCAGUUCGUCCUCCGCCUCCAGCCAACACUUACAAACUGUUUCCAAGGAACACCAAACGGAUCUGACCACUUUAUAGGAAACUUGGAAAUGAGCCUUUUUCCAGGGAUUGACUUCGGAAGUAAGCUGCCCAGAAUACAGGCAAAUACACGCGCUCACACGCACAUAGUGACCGGCCCUCAUCCUGGUGAAAGGGAAAGCGAUGUGUAACACUUUACAGCUCUCCAGUGGGUCGCCUCCUGCGUUCUAAGCUAGUGGAGACAAAUGUUACAGACUACAGGAGUGACGGAAGUCAACCUAACCAUUCAAACAAACAAAUUCUGCAUCCAGGUGGUGAGAAAGUGAUAUACUGUAUAUGU